AUGUCGUACACUCUUCACGGUCACAUCCUUUCCACUUGCGCCGCUCGCGUUAUCGUCUCGGCUGGAACCAUGGGCGCCGAUGUCAAGCUCGAGUCGCAUGAGUUCGCCUCGAUCCACGGACCUGAGUGGGCGCAGAAGCAGCCGUUCAACCAGAUGCCCUACCUCGUCGACGACGACACCGGCUUCCUCGUGUUCGAGUCCCGCGCCAUCGCCAAGUACAUCGCCGUUAAGUCCGGCUCGGACCUCGUGCCCAAGCAGAGCGACGUUGAGGCGUACGCGCGCUUCGAGCAGGGUUGCUCCAUCGAGCAGAGCAAUUUCGACCCUGCGGCGUCUGGUCUCGCCUUCGAGCUCGUCUUCGCCAAGAUGUUUGGUUUCGAGACCGACCAGAAGCGUGUCGAGAAGCACAUCGCUGACCUCACCAAGAAGCUGCAGGGCUACGAGCGUCUUCUGUCCAAGCAGAAGUUCGUCGGCGGCGACAAGCUGACACUCGCCGACCUCUUCCACCUCAGCUACGGCGCCAUCGUCGCCCAGCUCGGCGUGGUCCCCAGCCUCACGGACGGCUCGCUCCCGCACGUCAAGGCUUGGUGGGAGACCAUCAGCAACCUCCCCGCCUGGAAGGAGUACGAGCAGCAGAAGAACGCCGCCCUCGCCGCCAUGGGUGCGUCGAAGUGA